UGCUCUGGAACCAAGACCCCAGUCGAAAUCAGCACAUGAAAUAUCCGUCCUAUUUAGGGCACUUUCUCAUCAUCUUUGCUCGCGUCUACAACCCCAGAUCUUUUCGAGAAGUGGCGUAAUGAACCCCGCUUGAGGGGAAAAAAAGUUGCACGGAGAAGGGGUGAGGGAACUCAAAAAGUUAAGAUACUAGCGAUUCACGAGGGACGCGAGUGGGGCUGAAGGGAAAUCCUUCUCUCCCUUGCUCGGCUCUCUCAGCUCAGCGGAGCCGGAGCCCUGCACUCUGAUGUCUUCGGGCAGGAAAGGUUUUCCCAAACGUUUGAGACCUGGGAGAACGGCACCUCGCAGCAAAAUGUGCCCAAAGCCUUUGAGUUCCGCCGUGCGAAGCUCCCUUUGCUCUGCGCUCGCACGCACGUGUGGCUGUGGAUGUCUGUACGUGCAGCCGCCCCGCGCCUGGAGAUCAGAUUUACAUUUCCUACAGAAAGUGAACUUCUCCCUCCACAAAGUGCACACAGCGCGGGGUACACAAAGGGAAACACGGCCUCUAACAAAGGCGCGAGAACAGCCGCAUCUUUGCGUGCCCAACGCUGUUUUGUCACUUAUAUUAUCCCCUCGAUUUGGUAUUGUGUUAAAAAUAUCGGCGAGCUGGGAACAGAUGCUUUUAGCAGAGAGUGGGGAAGGAGAACAGAAUUCACCUCGCCCUUUACUGGAAACAACCAUUUAGACGGAGAUUUGUUUUUUAGCAUAAUUUAAUGCAGUGAAGUAACGGAUUUUUAGUGUAUAAACUGGAAAGAAAAUAGAAAACAACGUCCGGGAAAGAAGGAAAGAAACGCUAGGCUGGUUUUAAGACUCCCCCCAUCCACUUGGUUCAACAGAAACAUUAAUUUACAUUAGCAAUUCUGCAUCUUUAAGAUAAAUUACACAGCGGCGUAAUAGAUUUAAAGUACGCCAGAUUUUUUUAUCAUUAAUUGUAAAUGUGCAAAAUACCUGCUGGUACUUCACUUUAGAAGAAUGUAAUUGGCAAAAAUGGGAGGCUGAUGAAUAGAUAAUAGAUCCUUAACUACCAAUAAACAGUAAGCACCAGCCAAGAGUAUUAGGAUGUGAUCAUAAUUAUUCUGCAGCUCCAGCCAAUGGGAGGAGGAGAACUCAGCCCUAAAAUCAUCUCCGGACCCAAAGGUAAACGCGAAAAUACGGACAAGGCUGGAACCGGAGACUUGAUCCCCUGUCCCGUCUGCGGAGCCCGGCGCGUCCCAGCUCUGCGCGAUGCGGCUGCCCCGCGCUUUGUGCUCCGCGCCGCGCGGUGCGGGCAGCGCGGAGGAGCCACGGCGAAAUAAAUAAGUUCGGACCAGGAGGACGACCCGUUCUCUCAGCGGGACGAAAUCUUUCCCAAGCGGGGCAUCUCUCCCUGACGCCCCGGGGCCGAUCAAGUCACUCCCUGCUGCAAACUUCCCCGGAUCGUCUCCCGCGCACCAGAGAGAGACGGGCAGAGAUUGGGUCGGGGACUCUCGUCGCGGCAGCAUGUUUCAGCCCACACCCAAGCGGUGUUUCACCAUCGAGUCGCUGGUGGCCAAAGACAGCCCCUUGCCCGCGUCUCGCUCCGAGGAUCCUAUCCGGCCGGCGGCGCUCAGCUAUGCCAAUUCCAGCCCGAUGAACCCUUUUCUCAACGGCUUCCACUCCACUGGCAGGGGGGUCUACUCCAACCCGGACUUGGUCUUUGCAGAGGCCGUCUCCCACCCGCCGAACCCGGCCGUGCCGGUCCAUCCCGUGCCCCCUCCUCACGCCCUGGCCGCCCACCCGCUGCCUGCUUCGCACUCCACGCACCCGCUCUUCGCCUCGCAGCAAAGGGACCCCUCCACCUUCUACCCGUGGCUAAUACACCGCUACCGGUAUCUGGGCCACAGGUUCCAAGGGAAUGAAACCAGCCCGGAGAGCUUCCUAUUGCACAAUGCACUGGCCAGGAAACCCAAACGGAUCCGUACAGCUUUCUCCCCAUCCCAAUUACUGAGACUGGAACAUGCCUUUGAGAAGAACCAUUAUGUAGUAGGAGCGGAGAGAAAACAGCUGGCACACAGCCUCAGCCUCACGGAAACUCAGGUAAAAGUAUGGUUUCAGAACAGACGGACAAAGUUCAAGCGGCAAAAGUUGGAAGAGGAAGGUUCAGACUCACAACAGAAGAAAAAAGGGACUCAUCACAUUAACCGGUGGAGAAUCGCCACCAAACAGGCCAGUCCAGAGGAAAUCGACGUCACGUCGGACGAUUAAAAACUGGCACUUUUGGACUUUUCAAAGCCAGCAUCCCACCAACCGAAAGUGUUAAAGGCUCACCCCGGCACCCCCGCGGCGUGGCGGUGCGGGGAAGGACACGGAGAUCUUCAUCACAACACGAUUCCCGCCCGGGAGGGAGCUGGGAGCGAGCGAGGGCCAGCCAGCGAGGGCUCCGAACUGUGGCACUGCCGGCACCGCUCUGGCAAAGGGGAUCUGUCAAUCAAAGCCAAAACACCGGGACGAGGUGAUUGACAGGUAUUCCGUUUAUCGCAGUCCACUUUUAAAAGCAUACCGUAAAAAAAAAAAUUAAAAAAUAUAUAGAAAAAAAAAUCUUAAAAAGAAAAAAAAAAAAAUAGAAGCAAAAAAAAAAAGCCCCCAACCAAACCAGAAAAAUUAACACCUUACGGGACAUUUUGCACUUCACGGUUUUUUCCGUCUUUGAAAGAGAAAUUUCCAUAAGCAGCCAAAACCCACACCUGUUUCAGAAACUUGAAUUGCAUGUGUAAAGCCGUCUGGGGAAAAAAAAAAAAAAAAAAAAAAAACCGGAAAAAAUUAUUCCGGUUCCUAAAGACAGAAAUGAAUUGUAAUUUUUUUUCCCUUUAAGACAGGUUCUGUGUGCUUUUUAAUUUUAUUUUACGAGAAAUGUGCAGUCUGUAAACAUUUUAUAAUAA